AUGGCAAAUCAUCUGAAUGUGUCAGCCCCAGAUGUGAUACGAUUGAUUCUCCAAUACUUAAGAGAAAAUAAUUUGAUAAGAUCCUUUUACGUAUUACAAGAAGAAAGCAACAUAAAGCUAAACGCAAUAAGUAAUGUGGAUAUGUUAAUAAGUGACAUACAUAAAGGAAAUUGGAAAAAUGUUCUCUAUAAUAUCACGACAAUUGAUCUGUGUGAUGAGACAUUGAUAAAUUUGUAUGAGCAGUUAAUAUGUGAACUUAUAGAAUACAAAGAAAAUGAGCUAGCUGAAAAGAUAAUGAAUGAAUGUAUAAUUUUUAAAAAAAUGAAAAAAGUGCAUGUAGAAAAAUAUCAAAAGUUAGAAGAUCUACUAAGUAUGAACAAUAAACAUAUCAAUAAAAGUGUAUUAUACGAUGGGACAACUAAAGAGGAAAAAAGAAAUAAUAUAUGCAUGAUGAUUAAUAACGAAAUAACAUCAUGUGCACCUUCGAGACUUUUAGCAUUGCUAGGUAUGGCAUUAAAAUGGCAAAAUCAUCAUAAUCUAAUAAAAAAAAAUAAAGAAAAUGAUAAUUUUGAUAUUUUUAGGAAUAUAGAAAAAAAUGAAUCGAAAAGUAUAGAUGUAUAUCCAGAAAAAAUUUUGAAAAGUAUAAAAUUUGGAAAAGAGUCUAAUGUGGAAUGUUGUAUAUGUUCAUAUAGUCAUGAUUACUUAAUUACAGGAUCUUCGGAUGGUUUUAUUGAAAUAUGGAGUUGGCUAACUGCACAAUUAAACAUCGACUUGAAUUAUCAAAAGGAAAAUAAUAUUAUGAUGCAUGAUAAUCCAAUUGUUAGUUUAUGUAUAAGUAAAGAUGAUGAAAUAUUAAUUAGUGGAGAUUCUAAAGGGAUAAUUAAAAUAUGGAGAAUCAAAACCGGUUCAUGUUUAAGAACUAUAAAUGCACAUACUAAUGCAAUUACAUCUAUUCAUUUUAAUAAUGACCAAACACAAAUAUUAACAUCAUCAUACGACAUUUCUGUUAAAAUAUUUGGAUUAAAAUCAUUGAAAUCUUUAAAAGAAUUUAGAAAGCAUUCAACUGUUGUUCAUACAUCUUUAUAUUCCUUAGAUAAUUCUAAAGUUAUAUGUGGUACGGAAGAAGGAAAGAUAUAUAUAUAUAAUCAGAAAACGUGUGAAUGUAUAACUUCAUUUUAUGUAUAUUAUAAUAUAAAAGAUGACAUUAUUUUCCCAACAAUAUAUUCUAUCACAUUAUUGACCAAAACAUUGGAUGAAUAUAUCUUAGUUUGUUCAAAAUCUCCUUAUUGUUAUCUCAUGAAUUUCAAAGGACAGAUUAUUAAAACGUAUACGUAUAUAGUUGACAAGGUGGGAGAAAAUCCAAUUAAUUUCGUCUCUGCUUGUAUUUCUCCCAAUUCUAAAUAUGUCUAUUGUUUGGGCGAGAAUCAACAUCUUUACUGUUUUAAUUAUAACACUACAAAAUUAGAAACACAAAUAAAAGUUUUGGAGGAACAGUCCCUUGGUGUGCUUCAUCACUCCAGUUAUGAUCUUAUGGCCGCCUGGGCCCUAGACGGUACGUUGAAUAUAGUACAGUAA